UCUCCUCUCUCCCGCAUGCCCACCGCCCCUUCUCCUCCACCGCUCCACCAGCCCUUCCUCGCUCAUCCGCCGUCGCGGCUUGCGCCAGCUCCAGACGGGCGAGCGCGGCCGGCGAGCGGGCGCCUGGGCUCCACCGCGCCACCCGAGCCGCCUCUCCGGCCGGACCUCGCGGGAGCUCGCCCGCGCUGCUGCUCGACGGGUGCGGCCUGGGCUCCACCCGAGCUCGCCGCCUCUCCGGCCGGAUCCCGCGGGAGCUCGCCCGCGCUGCUGCUCCACCGCGCCACCCGAGCUCGCCGCCUCUCCGGCCGGGCGAGGCCUGGGCACAACCGUCCGGAUCCGUGGGAGCUCGGCCUCGCUGCUGCUCGACGGGAGCACACGGCAAGCAGCGCCAGGACGAGGAGCUUCUGCAGCGUGUCCGUGGCCAGGAAACGGAGGUGAAGUGGAAGGAGAGCAACGGCACGGCGAAGAUGGCGACGAAGCGGUUCAUACAGGAGCACUGGUCCACGUCUCCGGCAACCGGCAUCUGCCUGCUCACCGCCGCUGGUCGCGGCCGGCUCCUCGCCGCGUGCCGGCCUCUGCCUCCUCACCGCCGCCCUCUGCUCACCGCGCGCCGCGCACCACCGUCGCCGCCCUGCUCGUCACGCGCCGGCCCGGGCGUGCCGGAGCCGCCGCAGGGCGAGCUCGAGGAGCGGUGGCGCCCGGCCGCUUCCUCGCUGCGCGCCACGCGUCCUCCUCUUCGAGGUGCAGAAGUGCUUGGGGUGGAGACACGGAUGGAAAUAUUUUCUCCCCAAGCCCAAAACUUGCGCCGGCGCAGCCCCAGCCGGACGAAAAAAUAUCCCUGGGGCGCAACAGCUGGAGAUGCUCUUAGGCAUUGCACUAAACUGGAGCUCGAGAAUGUGUCAACUCUGAAAACAUUAUCUUGUCUUCCAGGAGCACUUGAGUGCUUAAUAAUUGGCGGCUGCCCGCUGCUUAUGUUCUUUA